UCCAUUUACACCAUCGUUCACACAACUGUGUGGUUCAUCAUGAGGGUACUUGACAUUGUUUUGUUAAUUUUUGCUCUGUACCACAACAUACAGGCCCAAAAUGAGAAACCAGAAGCCUGUAGUCAACCACCAGAGGAAGGGACGGGAUCCGACAGUAGAGUGUACAUGUACUACGACAAGACUAAAGAUCAGUGUCUUCUCUUCCGAUACAACGGAGAGGGUGGAAAUGCAAACCGUUUCAUUGCUGAGAAGCACUGCAUGAGAAACUGUUCUGACAGAGCUGAAGAGCUGUUUCCUAUGGACGAAAAAAAAGCCUGCACGCUUCCAAAACUACAAGGGGAAUGUUUAGGCAGCUAUAUACGGUAUCACUACAGCCCUGAGCAUCACACAUGCAAGAAAUUCUACUGGAGUGGCUGUGUGGGCAAUGGAAACCGGUUCUUGACAUUUAACCUUUGCAAUGACACAUGUUUCAAUGCAGCAGAUGUAGGCCAUGAAGAUCAUACAGAUGAAACAGAUGUACCAGUCGGAAUUAUCUUAGGUGUUGUCAUGGGCCUUAUUGGAGCCAUUAUUCUCAUUGUGGUCAUAGUCUUUGCAGUCAAGAAGCCUGGAUCAAAAAAGCACAAGAAGGAAAAGAAAAAGGAAGAUGCAAAGACAACAGAGAAACCAUUAAAAGAGGAGAUAAUUGAGAUGUCUGGAGGCGAAGCACAAUGAUGUCUGUUCAUCAGUACUGAAACUUGAAUGUUCUGACCAUUACCAGUAAUUCAUCACAAAUGUACAUUAUGGUGUAAAAACUUUGAGCAAUCUUUGUUUACAAAAGAUUUUUGUGGCAAGAUUAUUUUUUAAAAGAAGGGCAGUUAAAUAGGUGCAUAAUAUUUUUGUUGUUUACUUGCACUUGAUUUUUUUUUUUUUUUAUAUGUCCCCCAAAGAUAAAAUAUUACAAUAAAAAUAUAAAGUAGAAAAGUUUGCAUGUUCUUAAUUGCCUUAAUUUUUUAUUUUUUAUUAUUCUUUCCAUUUAUUUAAUGGCAAUUUACAGUGUACCUUUACAAAAGAAUUAAUUGCUAAAACAUUCCUGUAAAUGAAUAACUUCCUUAAACCAUGAACUGCUGAUGUUUCCAUUUAUAUAUGUCCACAUUGUAAGAUUUGAAUCAUUAAAACAAUCACACUUGUCAAUUCUUAAAACAUGAACUGCUGCGUGAUUUGAAUCUGAUCUCAGCCUCACACACAACGAGUCAGCAGUGCUUGUUUUCCUUCUCUUUCGUCUGAUUAUUAGUCACUGAAGCCAUUAAGGGGUUUACAUAUUUUUUGCUCCCUUUGCAUGUAAUAACAAGUUCAUUCUUUUUGUAAUCUAAUCAUGAAUUUUAAGUGCGUUAGUGACCAGUUAACACUCUUUUAAAAUAAUAA